AUGCAUUAUUUGAAUUUCUUUCUUUCUUUCUUUCUUUCUUUCUGGGUAGACAUUUCUUUCUUACUUUCUUUUCAUUAUAAUAAUCAUUCUAUCCAAAAGUCUUUGGUAAUUGAUGCUAACCUCCAUUGUUAUAACUUUGCAUUAUUUGAACCAAAUUAUUUCUUUUUUUUAGACCAGAAAAAACUUCUUUUUCUUUCUUUUCAUUAUAAUAAUCAUUCUGUCCAAAAUCUUCUGCAUUAUUUGAAUUUCUUUCUUUCUUUCAGAAAAAAACAUUCAUUGAUCAACUUUCUUUCUUUUCUUUCUUUUUUUUAUAAUAAUCAUUCUAUCCAAAAAAAAAAACAUUCUUUCUCAACUGAGAUUUCUUUUCUUUUCUUUCUUUUCUUUUUUUCUUUCUUUCUUUCUUUUCAUUAUAAUAAUCAUUCUGUCCAAAAAUCUUCUGUAUCACUUGAAUAUCUUUCUUUCUUUCUUUUUCUUUCUUUCUUUUCUUUCUUUCUUUCUUUUCAUUAUAAUAAUCAUUCUGUCCAAAAUAUUCUGUAUCAUUUCAAUGUCUUUCUUUCUUUCUUUUAUAUGUUUCUUUCUUUCUUUCUUUUCUUUCUUUACUUUCUUGAAUGUCUUUUCUUUCUUCUUGAAUGUCUUUCUUUCUUUCUUUCUUUUCAUUAUAAUAAUCAUUCCAAAAAUCUUCUGUAUCACUUGAAUAUUCUUUCUUUCUUUCUUUCUUUCUUUCUUUCUUUCUUUCUUUCUUUCUUUCUUUCUUUUCUGAGAUAUAAUAAUGGGAUCCAGAAGUCCUUGGUAAUUCUGGUAUUCUGUAUCAUUUCAAUGUCUUUCUUUCUUUCUUUCUUUUCUUUCUUUUCUUUCUUUUCUUUCUUGAAUGUCUUUCUUCUUGAAUGUCUUUCUUUUCUUUCUUUUCAUUAUAAUAACAAAUUCUAUCCAAAAUCUUUGUAUCACUUGAAUAUCUUUUCUUUCUUUUUCUUUCUUUCUUUCUUCUUUCUUUUCAUUAUAAUAAUCAUUCUGUCCAAAACUCUUAUUCUUCUUCCUCCUCCUUAUUUUAUUAAUCUUAUUUUUUAUUCUUCACCCUCCUCUUUUUUUCCUCCACUUCUUUCUUCUCCCUCCUUUUUCUUCCGCCACACUUUUUCCUCUUCUUCUCCUUUUCUUAUUCUUCCUUUUCAUUCUUUGCUCUACUUCUUUUCCUCCUUCGCUUUUUCUCCUACUCCUCAUCUUCCCCUUUUUCUUCGCCAUCCUCCUUCUUUCUCCUCCUCCUCCUCCUCCUCCUCCACUUCUUCUUCUUCUUCUUCUUCUUCUUCUUCUUCUUCUUCUUCUUCUUCUUUCCUAGUCUCCUUAUUUCUUUUUCCGACUUCAUUUUCUUAUUCCAUCUCCUCUUCUUCUUCCUCCUCCUUAUUUUCUUCUUCUUCUUUUUCUCGCCCUCUUCCUCUGUUUUCUUCCUUUCUUCUUCCUCCUCCUCUUCUCCCGCCUCACUUUCCCCUUCUUCUUCCUUUUCUUCUCAUUCUUCCUUGUUAUUCUUCGCCCUCUUCUUUUUUCUCCUCAUCUUCCACUUUUUCUUCGCCAUCCUCACCUUCUUUCUCCUCCUCUUCCUGUUCUCCACAUUCUCCUCCUCUUACUCUUUCCUGCUCUCCCUAUUUCUUCUCCCCCCUUCACUUUCUUAUUCCAUCUUUUCUUCUUACUCCUUCUUAUUUUCUCCUUCUUCUUCUUCCUUUUAAUUUUCUGCCCUCCUUCUCCUUUUUCCUCCUCUUCUUUCUUCUUCUUCCUCCUCCUCCUCUUUCUUCUGCCGCCUCACUUUCUUCCUUCUCCUUUUCUUUUCUUUCUUUCUUUUUAUUCUUCGGCUUUCUCUUUUUUCCUCCUCCUCUUUUCUUCCGCCUCAUCUUUCCCUUCUUCGCCAUCCUAACCCUUCUUCUUCUUCUUCUUCUUCUUCUUCUUCUUCUUCUUCUUCUUCUUCUUCUUCUUCUUCUUCUUCUUCUUCUUCUUCUUCUUCAUCUUCUUCUUCUUCUUCUCACGUUCCUGUCCUUUCCUAAUUCUGUCCCGCGCAUAUAUUUCUCGGGGCCCAAGAGCAAGAUCCGACAGGUUAAGGAAAUGACACUAUAG